CUGGUUGCCAUGUUUGUCUCAAACUGCCUCUGAUCAGGGGAAAACCAAUUCUUGGUGGCAUCGUUAAACAAGGACAGGCCGCCUUACUCCUGCUGCUGUGACCUUUUGGGUGUCUGGUGUUAAAAAUGUGAAUUUAAGAGAGGCGACAGAAGCAGUGAGGAGGAGUGGCAUGUGUACUAGAUAUACUCGCUGGGUUCGAAGAGGAAGGAGAUGAAGGGGAGGAACCCAGAGGCCGGCAUGCAGCAGCACACUUUAAGGAUCAUGCUCUGCCUCAUAAAACUUCCACGAGUAUUCAGCAUCAAUCAGGUGCCCAAAAGCUGCUUUUGUUUAAAGUCAUCUUUGGGAAACACCUGCUACUGUGUUUUCCAUGAGGACAGCAUCAUCUCUGGGUACAGACACCCCCGAAGCUCAGCAAUUGACUGCAUCCUCAGCCUCUUCCAGAUGACCAAUGAGACGCUCAACAUCUGGACACACUUCCUGCCCACCUGGUACUUCCUGUGGAAACUCGUAACGGUGGUGCUGAUGCAGUGGGUUUGGCAGGACCCCUUCACCUGGCCCCUGGUGGUCUUCCUCCUCUCCUGCUGUAUCUACCCGCUGGUGUCGAGCUGCGCUCACACCUUCAGCACCAUGUCUGCGCAGGCGCGGCACAUCUGUUUCUUUUUUGAUUAUGGAGCGCUCAGCUUCUACAGCCUGGGGUCAGCUAUCGUUUAUUAUGCUUACAUUUUCCCUGACAAGUGGGUGAAUGGCGUUCUCCAUCAGUGCUAUAUCCCCAUCGCUCUCCUCAACACCAUCUUCUGCACCAUCCUGGCCUGCUACACCAGGCUUGGUUUUCCAUUCCUGCACUACAACAACGAUGCUGUGAAGAGAAUGCCUGCGAGUCCGAAGUUCAGCAAACUCCUACGCGUCAUUGCCUUUGCCUUCCCCUACGUGUUUGACAACAUUCCUCUCUUCUACAGGGUGUUUCUAUGUGAAGGCGAGGGCUGCACUGACAAUGAAACCAUCAUCCUCCACUACCAACACAUUGCUUUGGCUUUCCUCACCAGUUUCCUGUUUGCAUCACAUCUACCUGAGCGUCUGGCACCAGGCAGCUUCGACUACAUCGGUCACAGCCAUCAGCUCUUCCACGUGUGUGCCAUCGUAGGCACCCACUUCCAAAUGCAGGCCAUAGAGCAGGACAUGGUAACGCGGCGCUCCUGGCUCUCUGCUAACUCCAUCCCCAUAACGUUCGCCAACUCGCUGGGAACAGCUCUCCUGUGUGUGGUGGUCAAUCUGAUCAUCAUCCUCCUCUUCAGUCUACCUCUCCUUUCUGCUCCAAAGUGUCAAGAAAGCAAAUACAGCCAAGGACCAAGGAAGACCUCCACCAACCUCUGCCCUUGUUACUAACUCAGUCCCACCAGUUACAGCGGUCAGCUGAAAUGAUACAUUGUGGGUAAAACAAAUCCCAGUAUAGACACAUAUAUGUGAGUAUUUGGUGAGCUGAAAAUGCAGCACCGACGGCUUACCUGCAAAAUGAAUGUCUGCACAACUUUUUAACCCAUAAAAUGGAAUGAAAUUGUUUCUGAGGGAACUUAUUUCUCUAAGCUACAAAUGUAGCAGCUUUGCUGCGUGGCACGGUGCUUGUUCGAUUUUUACUGACUUCUUUGAUGACCAUGUGGUGAAUGAAGAGAGUUCAGAGAACAAAAGUGUUGAGAUGAAAAUUAGCUUUUUAAAAUCUUUACCUUGUUUUUAAACACUUCUGUUUGUUCUCAGCCUUCUGCGUUGCAUGAAAUUGAGACAGUGAAUGUUGUUUCUGAGUUGCUGUUAGGAGCAAAGUAGCUGCUUCACAAGGUGAGUGUUUGGGUAACAGAUGGGACAAUUUGUAAUCAGGGCUAUUUUUAUUAUUAAUGUCAAGGCUUUGGUAUUCGUCCCAUUUAAACAUUGUUACAUUCAUCCAUUAAUGCGAAACAUGAGAAAAAAGUAUUUAAGUGUUAUUUAUUCUAAUUUUUUCAAAUAAAUUUUCACAAAACCUC